UAAGUUUAAGACGAAUAUGAAAUUUAUUUUAUUACUACGCAGUAAUAAUUGCGUAAUUGAAAUGAUAUCAUUUCGUAAGACGUGCGUCGUUAUUUGCAUUAAAUUUCUAUGUGUGACGAUUGAGGAAUGAAUUUGAUCCAUUUAGCCGUGCUAUUCGCUGUUAUGAAUUAAAUAAUGACGUUCCUGGACAUAAUUAUAAUCAUAUAACUUCAAAUAACAUCGAAAAUAAUUUUGGAAAUGAUUCAUCGAUACGUUUAAAAAUUAGCGAAUCCCGCGAAAGAAACAACCAAUCAGGAAGCGCGACGGUCUUACUUUUUACGUACUUGUUGCAUCAUCGUAGCUUCGGUUGGUUUGAAUGGAGAAGAGGAUAAUCAGUUUUGUGUGUGUGUGUUUUUUUUUUUGUUAAAAUUAGUGACAUUCAAGAGUUACGGACUUAAAUAAAAUAAAUCGAACGAAUGUGCCUUCUUACAACCUCGUCACUCCGUGUUUGGCCUUUGUAUUCUUCGCAUCGAGUUUACGUUGCGUUCCUUAAUCUUCACGGACGAUACUGAAUUAUCGUCGUCGAUGGGUAACGAUCUACUCACCAUCGGUCUAGAUAUUAUUCUCGAAGGAAAAAACGAACGGAGCCUCGCGAAAAGGUGUCUGGAACGUGGCAAUCGUUGCGUCACAAGGACGAUGAUUCAGACAAGUAUUUCAAUUGGCAAUACGACAUCGAACAAAGUCCUUAAACGAUCGUCGUGCCGACCGACAAGGAGGAGGCCUUCGAUCUUGGUGCUGGAGAGGCGAUCGUACACGUUCUUAGAACGUAAGGAGCGAUUGUUGUCGGCAAUGGGCCGUUGUCGCAAUGGGAAGUCUCCUCUUGCAACCGGCACUAAAUCGUUUCGCUUCGGCACGUCGCAAGAGUCAGAAGCGGUCCCAGUCGAGCGAUUCGCCGGAACCUAUCUCGUUUCCCGAUCGUACGAUCGCACCAGAACACGGAUAUCUUUAAUUUCUAAUAACGACUCUUCGAGGGAAUCCACGAGAUAUGAAUAUCGGAUAAGAAUGAAAAAGAAGAAAAAAGAAAAAUAAGGAGAAGAAAGAUGGGGCCGCAGCAUCCAUCCAUCCAUCCAUCCAUCCAUCCAAUUCGCAUCGCCAUUGUUACGCGUGCGUCGCAGUUCGAUAGAAUGGCGAGGAGGAGACGAUGAAAUAGCGCGCGAAGGAUCGACCAGGCGAGCGGCUCGCAACGGUAAAACGUAACCGUUGUGCCCCCGACUGCGAGAGGCCGACUCGUGAGAGUGAGAGGGGCAGUGGAAGCGUGACGAUAGUCGGAGGAGUGGGGAGCCCUCUCUGACUCUCGACGCACGAUGUAACACUGCCAGAUAGCGGUACCCAGCAUCCCCACCGUCGUCGAUGGAAACGUCUUCGAGGUUCACGGACACUCGUAAUUCGUGGCUAUCGCGUACACCCCACCACCACCACCCUAUCCUAUCUCCGUUUCGCUGCUUUUUAUUUUCUUUCUUUCUUUCUUUCUUUCUUCUUUUUUCUUAAGUCUUUUCCUUAAUCUUUUUUCUUUUUUUUUUCCUUUCAUUUUUAUGGGAUACGAGCGAACAGAGAACCGGUAUUUUAUGAUCGGGUCAAAGCCGUAUCGUAGUCCUCGAAAAACUCACGAUUAAACGCUGAUUAAGUUUUCUCCCGAUUUAUGCCUCUUUAUCCGUUAACGUUCCGCUCGACUUAUCGACUCGAAGAUCGAUUCAGAAUGGAAUCGAACGAUCCUGAUUCUGAUUUCCGAUUUCUGUCUUAAACCAUUUUAAGUGACUUUAAUUUCGGACGUCGUAGAACGUUCGAGACCUCGAGAAUCUAUCGACGAGUCGACCCUAUCUAUGUUUUCACGGACAUUCUUCGAUUAGUCGUUACACUUUACGUUGGUCGUGCGAGAUCAAAACGGACAGCUAGAAAGAGAUAUAUCUAGCUAAAGAUCCUUCCAGUUUCGUCGAAAUACGAGACAAUUUCUUUCUUACUUUUGAUAGGCGACGUCGGACGAUCGAUGAGUCGGAAAAACAAAUUCCCUUUAUCCAAAUGAUACCACUGAGAACCGCGUAUAAAUCUUACCUACGAUUAAUUCUUCGUUUCGUCGCGUAACGCCAAUGAUCCUUUGACACUGGUUACACGUACGGGAAAGGAUGUUUCUACGAUCGUACGUAUAAGACCAGUCAUGAAUUAUAGCGAAGCCGCGCGAACUCCGCAUGGAAGAGAGUAGUUUAAGAGCUGUGCGUCGAGCACGUUAGUCGGUUUCCCAUAGAUUUUAUCCGACGGUAGAAAACGGGCAAGCGGGCAAAAGCUGGCUGACAUCGUCCUCGUCGGCUCCGACUUUAACGGACUCGUAGGGGAGGAGACGAGAGGACGCGGGAGGAGGCGGAACGGGAUGGCACUUUGCCGGGUUCAAAGUCGGCCGCGACUACGACGCGGUGGCGGCUUCUAUUCGGGGCUACCUUUCGAAUGGCGUACGACGUCCGACAGUCGACGGUAAAUACUGGCUAACGGUGCUGUCGGUACGCGUAACUCCGUUCUCUCAUAUAUGCCGCAAAAACAAUAUGCGACAUAUCCGAUACAUCACCGCGGAGGAGAGAUUGUGCCGACCUCAUCCACGCUUAGAUCUCGCGCGAUUAUCAACUACGAGCCUCUCGUUCGUCGCUGACAUUUUCUUUAUGCGCUUCGCUCGUUUUUCUUUUCGCCGCCGUUUCCGCUUUACAUAUGUAUGCAUCGAACUACGUACGGAACUAUGUACCUCGACGAGCGUACGAACGAUUGAAAAUUAAUUCGACGAGUCCUCGUAGCUUUAACUGCGACCGAUACCGUAAUCGAUAGAUACCGACGUGUCGUUAUUAAUUUACAAUCGUUCUUCCAAGCGAAUCGAUUGUCAAAGAGAUUAUCGAUGAGAGAACGAUCAUCUUAACGGAGCUUCGAUCGAUGUUACGAUAAAAAACGGUAUAUCGAUCGACUCGAAGACCGACCGAACAGCUUCCGUCUUAUAAUUUGGAGACGCUCGAUUUCGUGUGAAACGAUUCGUCGAAUCGAUCGACGACAUAUAUUCCGCUGGUUCACCGUCGCACACCGAAAGGUGUCGAGUUGUAGAGGGAGAGGGCUUGCCAGGCGGUUAAACGCCCACGGCAAUCAACGGUACAUCGCGUUCCCUAGUAAUGCCUCGUACUGCGUAAGUAAAUACGAUUUUUAGCCGUGAUCCUCUUGCCAGUCCUUUAUACUUUCUUCCAUCGCGUAAAUGUAUAACGAAUGAAUAUCUCUGAAAUUAAUUAAAAUCGUCUGAAGAAGUGCAAUAAUUUACGUCUACUUCGAAACAUGGAUAUCUAAUGAUUCUUCUUGUCGUCAAUUAUUUACAUAGAAUUACGAGAAUAAACGACGUGAUAAGAUCAAUUCGUUUAUUGGUAUUUUCAAACAUCAUUUUGGUUAUUUAUUCUACUUGAUAAAUCUUUCGUGAUCGUUCGUUUGUGUUAAUUAUCGCGCCUGAAGACAUCCAACGCUCUCUACUUGGUCGAUAACGCUGCUUGCGAGAGCCAUCUGUCGGCAAGAAAUUUUUUUUUAACCCUUACAGUAGGCACCGCCGUCUCGCUAUCGUGUAGCAGAAAAUUUCGAUGUGAAAAAGUGUUGCCUACUGUAAGGGUUACAAAAGGUUUCUUACUGAUAGAUGGCGUUCGCGAGCAACGUUAUCGACCAAGCAUGGAGGGUUGCCUACAUUCGGGUGCUGCGAUUAACGUUUAUAAAUGAUUACAGAUAACUUACUAUUUACUGCAGUUAACAAUAAUCCUAAACGAAACGUAAUAAUAGUGUUUCCAGUAGUAGUGAACGCUGCAGCUACCGAUGCAACGUUAAAUAACUGUCCUAUCUGGUGCCGAUAAACGUUUGUUCCUUGAAAUUUUACCAGCAAAAACCGAUGCAAGAGGAAAGAGAUUUGGAUUCAAAUUUCAUAGAUCGCAUUUAUUAAAUAUGAAUUCCCAAACAGCGAAACGUAAGAUGACAUCAACAGUCAUUAUUUUUUAUGAUUUUGAUUAUAGGUAUCCAAAUCGACUGGAGAUAUUGCCUGGCAUCGUCACGGAUAUUCUAUCGGCAUAAAUCGAAAUUAGGUUCCGCUCCGUGAUGCGAAACAAUAGGAUUAGAAUAAUUAUUUUGCAUUUUUAACGCUCUUCCUCGACCGUUUAAAAAAUUUUAUGGCAUUUUCCACGUAGAUAAUUUAUGCGAUUCAACGAUUUUUAAAAGAGACACAAACGAAACAUUUCCACCUGUCGUAUCUUUGGCGAUUAGCAUAGAAAUCGUACUGAACAACAUUCAUCGCGGCAAAGUCCAUAAACCGAUGAAAAAACCGCAACUCGCGUUGAGUGCUCUCGAAUCGUAAAAGAAAAAAUGAAAGGAAUUCGUAUCCUCUAGAGAUUAAUGACUUUCAAUUACGACGUGAGCCUGUGAAUUAUUUUGUAAUAACCUUGUUCUUUUUUUCCCGAUAUAAAUAAUAAUGCAAAUACAUAUAUACGAAGAAAAAAAUAAUUGAGAGCAUAUCUCGUAAGACAGUAAAGCGUUCAUUCCUUGGGGAAUCUAUCGAGCCCUUGUAAAUCUUCCAAGUCUUAACUCUUUCCGUUUAUAAGACGAAAGAGCCACUUUCCUUUCCUCUUUCUUUUAUCCCUUCACAGUCGCUACUACCCCUCGCCCUUCGAUCCAUACAUUUUCGAGGACAGCCUCCCAUCGUCUUCCCUAAAGAAGAAAUUUCAGGGAGCUUAGCUCCAGUUGCGCGCGUUCUCCGCGCCGAUCUACAUACGCUUGCGCUUCUCCGCUCGCGUCUCCGCACGCGGAUUCGCUAAGUGCGCCGCUCUAUAAAAGCGGCCACUUGUUGAGCGAUGUGCAUUCCAACGAUUCGCUGCAACAAACGCGGAUAUAUUUCGAAGAGAUCGAGAAGACCGGAAACAACCCUGUAGACGGAUCCAACAGGUGUGAACUUUCGGUGAAACCUGUUCUUUCGAUCGAACCAUCCGAUCCAUCCUUUAUCUUUUCUCAUCAUUUUUCCUCUUUCUCCUCGUCUCUACUAUUUUCGGCAAGAGAAUUCGAGAGAAUCACGGCGUUGGAUCAAGCGAAAGGAAUCUCUAAAAGGCCGAAGAAACGGAACGAACUCGUCGAGCUACCCAUCGUUCGUCGAGGGACAAAGGCCCAAGAAAAAUAAGGAUUUCGAUCUUUCCGUCUUUGCGUCUUUUAAAGGAUAAACGAUGAAUCUCGAAGAAUAUCGUAAGCAUGGAAAGGAAAUGGUGGAUUAUAUCGCCGAUUAUCUCGAAAAUAUUCGUUCGAGACGAGUAUAUCCCGCCGUGUCACCAGGCUACCUGAGAAAUGUUCUACCUGCGUCAGCACCCGUCAACGGGGAGCCAUGGGAGGAAAUAUUUGCUGACAUCGAGAGAUGCAUUAUGCCAGGUGUAACUCAUUGGCAAAGCCCUCAUAUGCACGCUUACUUUCCGGCACUGAACUCUCCGACGAGUUUGUUAGGCGACAUGUUGGCCGACGCUAUUAAUUGUCUCGGUUUCACUUGGGCUUCGAGUCCAGUGUGUACCGAAUUAGAAAUGAUCGUGAUGAAUUGGCUCGGUAAGAUGAUAGGUUUGCCCGAACAAUUUUUGCAUCGGCCUGGUGUGAACGGUGGUGGAGGUGUCAUUCAAACUACUGCGUCCGAAUCCACUCUUGUCUCCCUUCUUGCGGCAAGAACUCGUGCGAUCAGAGACGUUCAAGAAAGCGAAGGCGAUCAAACGAGCGCGGAUAUCAACUCGCGCCUCGUAGCUUAUUGUUCCGAUCAGGCGCACUCGAGCGUGGAGAAGGCUGGACUUAUCGGAUUAGUAAAAAUGAGGUACAUCGAAUCGGAUGCGGAUCUUAGCAUGAGAGGCGAAGCUCUUCAAGAAGCUUUGGCUCGUGAUCGAGCUGACGGCUUGCUUCCAUUUUUCGUCUGCGCGACUUUGGGUACGACCGGUGCAUGUUCCUUCGACAAUCUCAUGGAAGUAGGCCCGAUAUGCGAAAAGAAUGGUCUGUGGUUACACAUCGAUGCUGCCUAUGCCGGAAGCGCCUUUAUCUGCCCGGAAUUUCGUGGUUGGCUUCAAGGAAUCGAGUAUGCCGAUUCUUUUGCUUUCAAUCCAAGCAAGUGGUUGAUGGUUCAUUUCGAUUGUACCGCUAUGUGGGUAAAAAAUAGCCAGGCUCUUCACAGAACUUUCAACGUGGAUCCUAUUUAUUUAAAGCACGAAAAUUCCGGACUCGCCAUUGAUUUCAUGCACUGGCAAAUACCAUUGUCAAAGAGAUUCAGAGCACUCAAACUUUGGUUUGUCAUCAGAAAUUACGGGAUUAGUGGACUUCAGAAGCACAUACGAGAGGGAGUAAGAUUAGCACAAAAGUUUGAAGCUUUGGUACUGGCUGAUACACGUUUUGAAAUUCCUGCUACGAGACAUUUAGGAAUGGUUGUAUUUCGUUUGCGAGGUGAGAACAACUGGACUGAAAGAUUGUUAAAGAAAAUGAAUUCCCGUGGUCGAGUGCAUUGCGUACCUGCUGCACUUCACGGAAAAUACGUCAUCAGAUUCACUGUCACUUCGACCAACACCACCAACGAAGAUAUAUUGAAAGAUUGGGCAGAAAUACGGAAUACGGCGAAUGAAAUUUUAGGUGACAGUUCUGGUUCACCAGUAAGAGCAAGAGUUCCAUUGGCAGAUACGCGCGAGAAGAACGAAAAUUUCGGUUCCAGUUUGUUGUUAGCUAAUUCACCGAUGUCACCGAAGAUCGUUAAUGGCAGUUUCGCGGCCAUAUACGACGCGACCGAUGUUUUCGAGGAAUGCAUGAAGAACUUUGGACAGCUACGAGUCGAAGCAAAGGAUAGUCCAGCGAUGCGACGACGUAUUCGAGGUAUACUCAUGUCAGGAAAACAAUUUUCUUUAGAUUCUCGCAUGGAUCUCGUUCAAGGCUACGUAUGUUGUGGACGAUCAGCAGGACCGUCUACCGAUCUUCCUCAAAUGAAAGAGGACGAAGACGGUCUAUCCACCGUUGAAUCUACUAUGAGCAUCGACAAAAUCGACUCUGCCUACAACGAUAUUUCUCAAGAGAACUCUAUGCUACGAUCGGAGUCUGAUGAAUCGUAUGAUAAGAACUCGAAGAAGGAGAUAGCGAAAGCUCACUCGGGCUAUGGAAUAGCUAAUGGUUCGGUUGUCAAGCAAGAAAACGAAGGUCAAGACGUUUCGUCCAUGCCAUCCGGGGAGAAGGGUAUGCCCAGAAGCGAAACGAUCGGUGCGAUAGGACAUCGACCUUACACGGGUGAGCUCGUACCUCCACGUUUUCGAUCGGAGAAACCGAUCAAGGACAAAGAAGAAAUCGACAACGACGGUGGCGACGACGACGUUGGUGACGAAGACGGCAGGCUCUGUCAAAAGUGUGGUCACUCUUUCAAACGUCAGUAAAUCUCUUUUCCUUUCCUGUUAUUUUAUUUUUGUUCAUCUCGUUACGAAACACGACGUAGAUCGUCGAUUUGAAGAGUCAUGAAAAUGUUAACGCGUCUAAGAUUAUCUUUUCGUUUCUAUUUGCUCUCUCUCUCUCGCUCUCUCGCUCUUCCUCCCUCCCUCUCCCUCUCUCUCAUUCUCUGUCAGUCUAUCUAUUUAGCUAUCUCUAUCUAUCUAUCUAACUUUAAAUGGAUUUUUCGUCGUUCCUAAAUCGACGUACGAUCGUUCGAAUAAGCCGUAGAAGCAAACGAAAAAUAUCGAUAGCAGCAAUAAAUCACGUUAAAUGCCGUAGUUAGGCGAAACGCAAA